AUGGUUAAAGCUUUGAAAAAUUACAUUGUUGAAACAAAACAAAAAAGUGGUUCUAGUAACAAAUUAUGUUACUGCAAAGCUUGCUUUAUUAAACUUGGUGAAAACAGCAAUGAAUUAAAAACAAUAGUAGAUAAAACUGAACGUAUAAUUCAACAUUUUAAUGAUUGUCAAAAUUUUCAUGUUGUGUAUAGCCAAGAAGAAAAACUUAAAAUACUAGCUCUUGGAUCAAAUUCUACUUCGUCUCAAUCAUCUAAUUAUGGUCCUUUAGAUAAUUUUGUUGCCAGACCUUUAUCUAAAGCAGAUAAUGAAGUUUUUCAUAAACUUAUAUUAAAAGCCACUAUUUCUUGUGGUUUUCCAUUAUCUUGGGUGAAUAAUCAAGAAACAACAGAAUUAUUUAAAUUUCUCAACCCACAUAUCAAACUACCAGAUAGAAAAACCCUUUCCACUAAACUAUUGAAUGAUGCAGUUAAAGAAUAUGAUAAUGUCAUGUUAGAAAAAUUAAGAUUAGAUCAAAUAGGUGUCACACUUAUGUUUGAUGGAUGGACGAAUGUUAGGCAACAAGAAUUAAUGGGAUGUGUUCUUUUGAUGUCAGAUGGAGAACCAUGUGUAUGGCAAGCUAUGGAUAUCAGUAGUGAACGUGAUACAAUGUUUGAAGUUAUGACUAAAACUGAAGAAUUAAUUUCCAAAUUAAUAGAUAUGAAAAUAACAUUGUUAUCAAUAGUAACUGAUAGUGCACCUUCCUAUAAUGCAUCAAGGCAAUUCAAAAAUACAUCAGGCAAUGCCUUAAAAGUGUCAGCCUAUUUUAAAGAUGCUAGACAUAAAUAUUUCAUUGGCCAACUUCGUGAUAUUCAAAAAGAACUUUAUAGCAAAUAUAUUCAACUUGCACUUCCAUGUAAUACCAGGUGGAACAGUCAACAUAAUUGCUUUAAAAGUUUAAUUGCUACUAAAAAUGCUUUACGUUCUUUGGCAAUAAAAUUUGAUCCUUCUUCAUCAACGAAUACAUUGAAAAUUUCACAUGAAAUGUAUUGCAAGAUUAUAUGA